UAAAGAUUCAAUCCCCUAUACACUGUAGUCGCUCUCGUUCAUGGCUACGGUCCCAGGUGGGGGAAAACAAGCUGUAUAACGACGUAAAAUUUUGAAGCUUGUAUGCAGGAAUAUGUCAAGUUUAAAAAUCGAGUUGGUAAUGCACUUGCUUGCCCUACCCUUGAGAACGAUGGACUCUGAGCAAAGAAAUCAGCAGGUAUAUCAACACUAAACAAAAAGCUAAAGAAUGAAUGCCUGCUGCACUCACGCCGCCGACACAGAACAAGCAGAUUUAACAUUUAUGCAAGUAGUGCGUGAGUAGCAGCUACUCACGCCACACUCAGACGUAUAUAUCUGUUUUCGCACAUGGCAGCCAUGAAGCAUGGCAAGACAAGUCAAGACGACGUAUGUUAUGUUGUCGCCAAAUAUGACUAUGGAGCGCAAGGUGCUCAGGAGUUAGACUUGCGUAAAAAUGAACGUUAUUUGCUCCUUGAUGACUCUAAACACUGGUGGAGAGUACAAAGUGCAAGAGGUCAAGCUGGUUAUGUGCCAAGUAAUUAUGUCAAGAAGGAAAAACCAUCCCUUUUUGACAGCAUUAAAAAGAAAGUCAAAAAAGGUUCUGGUUCAAAAACCCUACCAUCCAGUAAUUCACCAUCUAGAGCUGUGGAAUCUCCUAUUAUGGCUAGGCGUUUGCCUGCUGAUCCAAGUGAAGCAAUAGGCACAGCAGUUGUUAAAUACAAUUAUCAGGCACAACAAGCAGAUGAAUUAUCACUUGUCAAAGGCACUAGAAUCUUAAUAUUAGAAAAGAGCAAUGAUGGUUGGUGGAGAGGUCAAAGUGGUACACAAGCAGGCUGGUUUCCAUCAAAUUAUACUCAGGAAGAAGGAGAUGCAGAUGACACUCUUCAUACAUAUGCAAUGGCAGAAAAUGUUCUUGAUAUUGUUGUGGCACUUUAUUCAUUUUCUUCUAAUAAUGACCAAGAACUAUCCUUUGAAAAAGGUGAUCGUUUGGAAAUUCUUGACCGUCCACCAGCAGAUCCCGAAUGGUAUAAAGCAAGAAACAGUCAAGGGCAAAUAGGUCUUGUACCACGUAAUUACCUUCAAGAACUCAGCGAAUAUUUAACACAACCAUACCGUGAACGAGGAAUGACAAGUAGUGAGAUUAGUACAGGAGAUUCCCUUGAAAGAAGGCCAGACCCUGGUGAUAGACCACAUCUUAUUGGAAAACCUUGGUACUAUGGGAGCAUUUCACGUUCACAAUGUGACACGUUAUUGAAUCAACAUGGUCAUGAUGGUGACUUUUUAAUUAGAGAUAGUGAAACUAAUGUGGGAGAUUAUUCGGUAUCUUUGAAAGCUCCAGGACGUAACAAACAUUUUAGGGUACAUGUGGAAGGAGCAUUAUAUUGCAUUGGUCAAAGAAAAUUCCAUACAUUAGACCAAUUGGUAGACCAUUAUCAACGAGCGCCUAUUUAUACUAACAAGCAGGGUGAAAAAUUGUACUUGGUGCGCCCAUUGCCAAAAGGCAACCCCAGUAGCAAUGGUUGCUAGGUGAAUUCGUGCCAUGAGACGGUCCAUGCGCUUUGGAAUGUAUCUCUAAGAUACGCAAUGCCUGCCUAGUAAUAUCAAUAUCACACAUCUCGUAUGUUUAUACAUAACAAUUAAUAUAAUUGGUGAACUCAUAUAUUAGUGUUUCUUGAUUGUUUGUCCAUUUACACUGAUAAAUAAUUUAUUACUCUAAGUAAUUGCCACCAACAACUCUUACCAUUCAUUGGAGCUUCCAUACUAUUUAGUAAACAAAGCUAAAAACUAAAAACAAAACAUUUGUACGGCAGCUAUAUGAUAAUUGACUAGAUGACACACAAGGCUUCUCUUUAUAUCCAUAUGUAAUUGUAAAACACGAU